GUCGCGGAAGCGAUGACUGUCAACGCGGAAAUCGGUAGUCUUGUAAUCGCCAUAUUGUUUGCACACACGUUGUGUUAACGAUUCAGUAGUGAUAAUCUCGUGGUGUCGCAAGUGUUUGAUAAGCCACGAGAGGGAAGUGUUGAAAGAAAGGUAAAUAACUCGAGCCAGAGCUCCGAGGCGGCGAAACUGUCGUUCUGAAUCGUGUUAGAUUUAUCCAGUAAGAACCAUCGUGACGUGAUCGACAUAAACCGUGUUGUAAAUCGAUCGUGUCUCGAAGCUGUCCGUCAUACGAUUAAUUCCUUAGCUCAGACACAUCAAAAGUUUCAAGUAUUCGUUACGGUGACGUCAUCGACAGUUCUGAGGGAUGGCCCGUGCUUACAAGCAUCGCGACGCAUCGCCUCUCCUCUUUUUAUCUCCGUAAAAUCGACCAAGAAACGUAAGCUAAAUUCUUCGCGUACACGACGACAUGAUCGAAGAAACACGAAAGUGUUCAUAACACUGACAUUUCCUAGUGAAAUCGUUUAUACGUACACUUUGGACGAAUUAAUCGAGUGAAAACCUACUUAUAUAGAGGCAUCAGGCCGAAGGGGUUUCUAUAGAAGAAAGAAAGAGAGAAAAAGAGAGAUUGUGAGACUGGUGACCCGGGUGCAAUGUCGUAUCACCGUGGGGGCCAGGCGGGCGCCGUAGCAGUUUCGUACAGCACCAGUCCAAUGGCACCGCAUUCUCCUAGCAGACGAUGUUCCAGCAAUAACAGCGGCAACAACAGUUCCGCUAUUGGCACCUCCACCUCGAAGCUGAACACCUACAGAUCUACUGCUUCCUCGUCGAUCUUAGAUCGACCAACAAAUUUCUACUCGACAUCGUCGUCGACGUCAUCGUCGUCGGGCAGCUCGGGCUUUCGUUCGAACUAUACGACCGAAUACAGGCGAUCCUACUGCCCAUCAGGCAGUUUCUACUCAUCGACGGGUACGAGCAUCCGAAGGAGUUACUUAUCGGAAUACAACCGGUCUCGCUGCUCACCCACAAGGUCAGUUUCGUCGUCGGCAUACAGCAGUACGGGUAGCGGUAGUGGUACAGCUACGAAUGUGACGACAAACGGAACCAGUGGCACUAGAUUCGGCUUGUCUACAUCGUCGUCCUCAUCGAGCAUCUCUGCCGGCAGUUCGUCCAGAGAUAGAGGGAUCCCAGAAUCCUCGUCUAGACUAGAAAUAACGGCGGAUUUGAUCAGGUAUUCGCCAUCUGGUUAUAUACCGAAUAUCCGUCAAACGAGCAGCACCACUGGCAGCACUAGUGGAAUCCAUCAUCAUCAUCACCAUCAUCAUCAGUGGAAGCAUCAUUCGACCGGUUCGUCGUUGACGGAGUUGUUCGGUGGUGACGAUCGUGAUAUAGCCGUCGAACGUACCGGCAGAGAUCAUCGUCCGGAGUCGUCGCUCUCCUCGUCCUCCUCGUCAUCUUCCUGCGCCGUUGGUGGUGCACUCUGGUCCAGGUCGAAGAGAAGGCCACUGUCCAGCAGCACGGUGCUCAACAGCGGGCAUGCACGCGCGGACAGUGCCGCGUCGCCUGGCGAGGUAACGAUUAACGAGCGCGGCACGAUCCGCGAUCUAGACGAGGACGACGACGAUGACGAUGACAACAACGAUGACGAGGACGAUAAUAACACCGACGACGAUCAACACAACAACAACGGCAAUAAUGGGAAUAACAGCGGUGGUGCUGAGGACACUUGUGAUUCCGGUCGAUAUGGGCUAAACAAUAACAACCGCGACCGAGACCACGACCACGACCACGACCACGACCACGACCGCGACAGCGAUGACAAGGACGAUGACGACGAGGACGACGAAGACAACAAGCUGAACAACCGGCAUCAUCGCCAACAACAGCAGCAGCAACGCGGUGCUGCCCAUCGGAUCGACGAGGUUUCACCAGCUAAGCGUAACCUCUUGUCGUCUAUUCCCGGUGGCGGUGCUGGCGGUGCUGGUUUGAUCGGUGUUAAGCUCGACUUGCUCACUAACCUAGCCACUAAUCCGAGUAACGGCGAACUGCUGAUUAACAACAACGCCCAGAAGAUUAUCCAAGGUGUUGAAGAAAAAGAGGAAGACGUUGAGAUCAAAGACGAGACUGGUGGAAGCCGUGGUGAGGUAAUACACGGGAUCAACGACGCUGCCAUCUCUAUCGACGCGAUUGCGUUCCUUCGUGGUGGUCGUACCGGGGAUCCAGAGAGUCUUGAACACGGUGAGGAGCAACGGACCGCGUCUACUUCGUACGAUAUCGAUCAGACCGGGUUCGUAGGCGGCAUUACGCCGCCCAUCUUGCAAAACGGCGUGGCGGGAAGACCGUCCGGUACUUAUGGGGACGACCCAUCCGUGCCUUCUACAUCCAGGAGACCGGAUGGUCACUUCUCGGGGACAAACACUGCCAGUAAUCUGACUUCCUCGUCACCCACUGCACCGUCCACGGCUCACCAAAAUCUCUAUCGCGGGGUCGCCGAUCAGUUUAAACAUGUCUCUUCCGGUGUGUAUACAAUACAGUUCGGCAAUUCCAUAGUGACCACGCGCGCUACUCUCCAGCCUCCAGCCAUUUGUUUAAAGGAAGGAAGCCCUACGAACAAAUCGGCUCGUAAUCGAUUACAGGCGCAUCGCGAUGAGCGAUGUGGACUAAACGGAUUACGAAAUAUCGGGAAUACAUGUUUUAUGAACAGUGUGAUCCAAUGUUUGAGCAAUACGAGACCAUUACUGGAAUAUCUGCUGAACGAACAGUACCUCGCUGAUAUAAACACUACCACAAGUAGUAUGAAAGGAGCAUUGAUCAAAGCGUUUAGUCAGGUGAUACAUGAGUUAUGGGAAGUGGGUGGUGAUCUCGUGGUUAAUACGACGGCGCUCAAAUCUCAAAUACAAAGAUUCGCACCACGUUUUAUGGGAUAUAGUCAACAGGAUGCUCAAGAGUUUCUUAGGUAUCUAUUAGAAGGAUUACAUGAAGAUGUGAAUAGGGUGACGGUAAAACCACAACCAAUACACACGGAUAUUCCUGAAAUGUACACAGAUAGUCAGAAGGCAGUAGAAAGCUGGAAACGCUACUUACGUAGUGAAGAUAGUAUGAUAGUGGACGUUUUCGUUGGUCAAUUACGUUCGUCGUUACAUUGCACUUCUUGUGACCAUGUGUCAGUCACAUUAGAUCCUUUCUGGGAUCUCAGUUUGCCAAUACCGGCUAGAAGUGGUACAGUGAAGUUGAGCCAAUGUUUGGAGCAUUUCACGCGAGAAGAGGUGCUCGAUGGCGAUGAAAAACCGACUUGUUCUAAGUGUCAGAUGAGGAGAAAGUGCACGAAAAGUUUCAGCAUACAAAAGUUCCCGAAAAUUCUUGUUAUUCACUUAAAACGUUUCUCACCAAUGGAACGAUUCCGCAGCAAGCUAAAUGUGAUGGUAGAUUUUCCAUUGACAGGUUUGGAUCUCAGUGCCUUUGCUGCGCCUAGAGUUCCGGGUUGUACGUACAAUUUAUAUGGUGUCGCGAACCAUUCGGGCACAACACACUCCGGUCAUUAUACAGCAUAUUGUAAGCAUCCAUACUCGGCAGAAUGGCACGAGUAUAAUGAUAGCCGGGUGUCCGCGGUUCCAGCGCGAUCGGUCGUUUCCAACGAAGCCUACGUACUGUUCUACGAGCAGCAGCCUCACAGCUCUCACUUGUAACCUUACGCCAUGCUUAGAAUAUGAAAAAAACGACCAUCUUGCCUCUCAAUACCUCAGUCCAGCAUAUAGUAUAAAAAAGAAAACCGACAAAGAGAAAAGAAAAAAUUAAUAAUAAGUGAAACUAUACUUUAUCGUGUGGUAUUGAAAAGCGACUAAACAUUGAACGUUGAGGUCGUUUUUAUCGAGUAUAAAAAACGGAUCGUGUGUGUAUUGUGUGACUAUUGGCGAUAAUCAUGUUCCAUUAAAGCCAAAAUUUUGUUUUUCUUCGUGGUUAGAUAUAUUUCAUCGUGGUCCAGUCAUUUUUACUUCGGCUUCUUUAGAAACCAGACACUUUAGUGCAUUUUCCGAUACAGAGGUUUAUUAUAAAUAGUCCUCUAAAAGUUAAUAAGAUGCUUAAUAUGAGCAAACAUUUUCAGAAGUUAAAGUUACAAGCAGAAGAUCGUACCAGAAUCCUGGAAUUGUCAUUUUUUGAAUUUUCAUCACUUUUUUUCUUACACUUUUCCCUAUUUUUCUCUAUAUAGUUUCUUUACUUUUUUUGUAUGAAAUAAAUAAUCAUGUUUCAAAAACGAGAUUUGCCAGAUAGAUUUAACAUAAAAAAUAUAAUACAUAAUACAUAUAGUAUAUUUGAUAUUUGAAGUAAUAUGAACAGAAAAUCAUGACUUCGCCAAAGAUCACGUAUACGGAAUAAAAAAAAGCGCUUCGGAUGUCUAGUUACUUUUGAAUAGACGAUAUAGUAAAAAAAAAUACAUCUAUCCUCACUCCUUCACUGAACACCUGGCAAUCUACAGCUAUUUACUUUUGUAAAAUAUUUUGUUUAAUAAUAUCAUAGUCAAGAGUUAUUUAUUUAAUUUAUGGAAAGAAAAACUGAUAAAAUAUUAAUAUAUUCGAUAUGGACGAAUAUAAUAUAUAUAAAUAUAUAUUAUUAUACGUAUUACAUACCAAUAAAAAAUAACAAAGAUUAAGGGAAAAAAUGAACAAAUCAAAUGGUUUUUCUUGUGUCGUAUUAUAGUUUCCGUUCUUACCUCUACAAAAAAAAAAAAGAAAAAGUAUCAACGUUAGUAAAUUGAUCAUAUUCAGGCAAUCGAAAAAAGAAGUCUUAAGCAAUGAGUCUAAAAAAAUAUAUUUAAAAAUAUUAUAUUUAAAAAUUAUACAUUUUUUUUUCUAUUUGUUUAUCUAUAAAAAAUAUUUCAUCAUUUGGAAUUUACGAAUUUUUAAAAAUUGAAAAUCGCAUUCUUAAUAUAGCUUCAUUAAAUAAACUCUUCAAA